AUGCUGCCGCUCUCACUGUGGGAAUUUGUGCUGCUAUCCCUCUACUGGAGCCACACCGCUUGCCUACCGACUGUCCCCAAUCUUACCAGCGAUGCGUCGUCUCUGUCGUUGGUGACGUCUGUGGCACGGCCGGGCGCUCAGUUUCUUCCAUCAACCGGAAAACUUCUCGACGUUCUCCUCCUCAACAGUUCGCAUCUUACAGGUCACUUCAUCUCGCACUCCGGCGUUUCGCUUUACUUCUCGUCGACCAGCAGCGGUAGCUUGCACGUGCGUCGUUCCGACGGCAGCACAAUCAUCGAGCACGACUUCCUAGCAUCAAGCAGACGCAUUCACUUUGCAAAGAUGGGAGAUCACCAUUUCGUGUACGACACGCAAGCAGACGGUAAGACGUACAAACUAACGUCACGCAGUCGAUCGAAAAAAGAAAUCCGUGAGAGAUACGACGCCAGACGAGAACAUAAUCAUACGUCCAAUGAAAAGGAAAUGGCAGACGCAUUUCAUCAAUUGUCGCUAGAUCCGCACGCUCGUUUGCUCGCCAAGCUGUCACAAGCUCUAGGUGAGUUCGGAAUCUACGGCUACAAAUCUCCAGCUUCGCUUCCUCUUCACGCUACUGCCCUAUCUGUUUGGCGUCAGUCGCCAACCAACGAAACUGAGAAAAUGGCGGAUCUAGAAUCGUUUGAGCAACGGAUGCAAAAAGGCAAUCUCAUGGUUUCUCGCCAACAGCGUAGAUGGCUGUUUGCACCGUUGGUGCAAAGAAUACUCGAACCGGCUAAUAGAGUAGCACGAUCGUGUCGAUCCCUGGAAGACGAUCAUCACAAUGAUGCUUGUCUGGGAAUGUGUGGUGGAAACUGCAACUGUUGGAUAUGGGUGUGCGGAAACUGCUGCUGGAACAGGGGAUGUUACGAGCAUGACGUAUGCUGUAGGGGAACGGGUACGGUGUCUUGUUACCUUCCCAUUGGCUUCAGCUGCGAUGGUUACUGGCAAUACCCUUCCUGCUUCUGAGCGUAACUACGUGAGCACAGUGAUUGACCAUGAAUUUUUCUUUAGCGUGUAGUACAGAUUGUGUAAAUGUCGAGAAGUUACAAGUGGGUAGAGUCCAGGCA